AUGACUGUUACUUCUAAGUUCCUAAAAUGGAGUGUUAUCCUCCUAGGGGUAACCCGGAGCGCAGCAAUCCCGUCGAUUCAGCUGCGGCAGGGCAAAUGUCUCCCGGCCUCCAAUGAAAACUAUACGGCCAGUAUAUCUUUCAUGGGUUGCUACACAGAUGAUAACUCACGAGUGCUUCAAGGGGGGUCGGCUACUCCUGCUGGUGGCAAUACGCCCCAGACAUGCGCCAACGCUUGCGGGAUGUCUGGGUUCACUUAUGCUGGAGUAGAAUACGGGUCAAGCUCGACUGAAAAUAGUCAAUGUUAUUGUGGAAAUUCUAUCGUGAGCCCCGCACAGAAACAGGCUGAUAGUGCAUGCACUAUGUCCUGCGCUGGAAAUUCGUCCGAGAUCUGUGGAGGCACUUGGCUGUAUCUAACUGGAAUCGUCGAUCUCCACAGGGUUGAUAUAUACAAUAUUUCAAAUCCGAGUCCCAACCCAGUCCCUCUUUCGGGAUCUGUGAAGCCCAAUUGUACAGUCGAUCCUUUGUGCAGCAACCCAGUUUGCAAUACCUCUCUUGAUCCGCUCACCCGCGCAAAAGGGCUGGUCGAUGCCAUGACAUUUGACGAAAAGGUCCAGAAUACCCAAAACGGGUCUCCUGGUGCUGCUCGUCUUGGCCUACCUGCAUAUCAAUGGUGGAGCGAGGCUUUGCAUGGUGUUGCAGGCUCUCCUGGUGUCACCUUCCAGCCCUCUGGCAACUUCAGCUAUGCCACCUCGUUCCCCCAACCCAUCCUGAUGGCUGCCGCUUUUGACGAUGCCCUGAUCAAACGAGUGGGAACUGUGGUCAGUAUUGAAGGUCGCGCUUUCAAUAACUAUGGAAAUGCUGGCCUGGAUUUCUGGACUCCCAACAUCAAUCCAUUCAGAGAUCCGCGCUGGGGCAGAGGUCAAGAGACUCCAGGAGAAGAUCCAUUCCAUAUUGCUCGCUACGUUUACAAUCUUGUAGACGGCUUGCAAAAUGGAAUAGGACCUGCCAACCCGCGAGUCGUGGCGACUUGCAAACACUUUGCUGGGUACGACAUCGAGAACUGGGAAGGAAACCAACGCUAUGGCUUCAACGCAAUUAUUUCCACCCAAGACUUGUCCGAGUAUUAUCUGCCUCCCUUCAAAAGCUGUGCCCGUGAUGCAGAAGUGGAUGCCAUCAUGUGUAGCUAUAACGCUGUCAAUGGUAUUCCAACCUGCGCCGAUAGCUAUCUGUUAGACACCAUCCUGCGUGAUCAUUGGAACUGGAACCAAACUGGACACUGGGUGACCUCAGAUUGUGACGCAAUCGGCAACAUCUACUCUGACCAUCAUUAUACUAGUUCCGCUGCGGCUGCAGCAGCAGACGCUCUGAAUGCCGGUACAAAUCUGGAUUGUGGAACGACAAUGUCAGACAAUCUUGGAGCGGCCGCCGCGCAAGAUCUGUUCCAGAACGCCACUCUGGAUUCCGCUUUAGUUGAACUGUACUCCUCCCUGGUCCGACUCGGAUGGUUUGGCAUAGAAGAGCCACAAUAUCACUCUCUUGGAUGGUCUGAUGUGGGUACCCCUGCAUCGCAGCAACUGGCUAACCAGGCUGCUGUUGAGGGGAUCGUACUCUUAAAAAAUGACCACAAAAACGGUUUACCAUUGACUCGCCAUGGCCAAACUGUCGCGUUAAUUGGACCCUACGCCAACGCUACCACUCAGCUGCAAGGAAACUAUUUCGGUACCCCGGCAUACAUCCGAACUUUAGUAUGGGGCGCUCAGCAGAUGGGAUAUAACGUUCAGUAUCAAGAAGGCACUGGAAUCAACUCUACUGACACGUCUGGCUUUGCUACUGCUGUGGCUGCGGCCAAGGCAGCUGACAUCGUCAUCUAUGCUGGUGGUAUUGACAACUCGAUCGAAGCCGAAGGAAAUGAUCGAGACUCAAUCGCCUGGCCGGGCAACCAGCUACAGCUUAUUGACGAGCUUUCCCAAGUUGGAAAACCACUGAUUGUCCUGCAAUUCGGUGGUGGUCAAGUAGACGACUCGGCACUUCUCAAAAACCAAAAUGUGAAUGCAUUGCUAUGGUGUGGUUACCCCAGUCAAGCUGGUGGCCAGGCCGUAUUCGAUAUUCUUACGGGCCAGUCCGCUCCGCGGGAAGAUUACCAUUAA